AUGCAGUUCAACAGUGUAGGAACGCUCUGCCCUGCACCGGCUUGCCCUGGAACGAGGUCUUCUGACGUGAUCGUUGACGAAAUGGCUGGUGUCGAAGGAAACACGGCCACACAAAUAUCUUUUGGAUCCCAUACGCUAUCUGUGCUGGACCUAGAUGAACGACAGAGGUGUGAAGCCCGUCGUGGAGCCUUUGCAUGUGUCAAUGUGGCAAGGAUGCACUUGAUCAACUGUCGUCAUCGCUUUUGCUACGACUGCCUGUCUGAAAAAAUUGAUCGCGAUGUUCACCACCUACGUACUUUGGCUCAUCGCUCGACGCACCUCAGGAACCUCUGUGCUGAAGCUGAAAAGCUCAUCUCCGAUCCUCCCAACGACAUGACAGCGAGCAAAGACGAAAUCAUUGUUGAAACCUAUUUAUAUGGAAGAGAGGCCACUAACAAGCGAAUAAUUAUUCCAAAAAUCUGCCUAGUCGGUGAGAUCUAG